CUCACGCUGUGUGGCUUCACAGAGGUCUGUACUGCUCUGUGGUGUUUUUCUGGGAGGAGUGGGACAGCAGCCGUACAGGCAAAGAAAACAGCAAUAAGCACCAACUAAACCCGUCUGUGUGGGACUUUGGACGGAACCGGACAGACGAAGGUCCCCGGGGAUACCUUUCCUACACCGUCUUCUUAGGUUCUCACUUUUAAUCACCGAGCAGUAUCCGGGACUCAUGGAUAAAAGGAGAGCAGGCGGAGACGACGACAUCAAAGGGGCUCCCGGGUCAUUAGAUAUAUCUAUAGCACCGUGCAGACCGAGAUUUAACCCGCAAGAGCCGAGCAGCCGCUCAGAAAAGGAAUGAGGUUUGUAACGACACAGUUUUGUUAAUUGUCUGGAGCCUCUUGGUCGGUUUUUUUUUUCAGGGGGAAGAAAAGACGUACGCACGCGCGUCAGGCUGCUCAUAAAAACAACAGUAAAGGCCAGUGUUUCUGAGCCGUGCCCUCCCAUGCCAAAGAAGAGCCACAGUUUCCACAGCCUUAGUUUUGUAGCGUUGUCUUGUUUUCCUCAGACAGCCUCAGUAAAUGCUGCACCUCUCUCUUUUUCUUUGUUACUCAGACAAACACAAGCAGGCAGCUCCAGCUGAGGCAACCCUCCCCUGUAUGCUUCUUUUUAAGGGAAACUUUUCAACCUCAUUUUUUAAGUGCUGAAAGUUGAAGUAGGAAAACCCCUUUUGUAGAGAUCCUCCUCCUCCCAUCCCUCCCUCCACAAUAAGAGACACAUCGUAGGUAUGGAGGACCAGGCCGGCAUGAUGCUGGGUCAUAUUGGACUAACUGGACUGUCCCAUGAAGAUGUGGAUGAUCCCGACAACAUGAGGAAACAUCUCAACCUGGGUCAGCCGCAGCAGGACAUUGGCGACAUCCUCCAGCAGAUCAUGGUCAUCACAGAUGAGAGUCUGGAUGAAGCCCAGGCCAGGAAACAUGCUUUAAACUGCCACAGAAUGAAGCCUGCUCUCUUCAGUGUCCUGUGUGAGGUCAAAGAAAGGAUAGCUCUGAGCAUCCGAGGUGCCCAAGAAGAAGACAGUCCAGACCCUCAGAUCAUGCGACUGGACAACAUGCUGUUAGCAGAGGGGGUUGCAGGUCCCGAGAGGGGCGGGGCCUCUGCAGCUGCAGCAGUGGUCGCUGCGGCAGCUGGAGGGUCGCCUAAUGAGGGGAGCGUAGAACACGGGGAGUACAAAGAGAAGCUCGCUCAGAUACGACGGAUGUACCACUCUGAGCUGGAGAAAUAUCAACAGGCAUGCAAUGAAUUCACCGACCACGUGAUGAACCUGCUGAGAGAACAGUCCCGCACGCGGCCCAUCUCACCCAAAGAGAUUGAGCGAAUGGUGGGAAUCAUCCAUCGCAAGUUCAGCACCAUCCAGAUGCAGUUAAAGCAGAGCACGUGUGAAGCCGUCAUGAUCCUACGCUCCAGGUUCCUGGAUGCCAGGCGGAAACGAAGAAACUUCAGCAAGCAAGCGGCAGAGAUUUUGAAUACAUAUUUUUACUCCCAUCUGGCAAACCCCUACCCCAGUGAGGAGGCCAAGGAGGAUCUGGCCAGGAAGUGCUCCAUCACUGUUUCUCAGGUGGCCAACUGGUUUGGAAACAAGAGGAUUCGCUAUAAAAGGAACGUGGCAAAGUUGCAGGAGGAAGCUAACCGGUAUGCUGUGAAGACAGCUGUGGACGCUGCUAGUGUAUCUUUACAGGCGAGCCAAGCCAACUCCCCAGCCACACCAAACUCAGGAGGAUACCCAGCUCCGUGUUACACCCCUGACGGGAGGUUAUGAGGACGUGCGUGGAGGAACUGUCUUCCCCCAUCUCUGUGUCCAUGGUGGUGACGGCUGGCAGGACUGGUGAUUCCUCCUCUGAUCUCCACCCACCCAGAGCAGCAGGGAGCAAGCACUACGUCACCUCCAGCUGAUGCUCCACCUCCCCUCCCUGUCCUGCGCAACCCAGAAUGUAGGCCGACCUCCAGCCGAGCCACAGACGGAGCAUAACCAAAUCUCUGCAACUUUAUUCGUUUUUCUUUUCUAACAUCUCUCUGAGUUUUUCAACCCCCUCACUUUACGAAUGUGUUGACAGUUGUUGUUUUUUCUUUUUACUAUUACUUACACCAUUUUUCUUUGAUUUUUUAAAAACAAUAAAUAAAUAAAUAAAUGAUAAAAAAGAACCUUUUUUUGAUGUAUUAGUCCACCUUUAGUGUAUCAUGCAAUGUAUAAAGGUUUAGGGCCUGUACGGAGCCUUGAACCAACUGUAGAUUUAUUUACAAUUUUAAUGUCUUUUUUUCUUUUAAGUUUUUUUUUUU